UCUGAACUUGCUGUGGAGAUGAAUAAUGAAUUUGAAAUGCGAGCUGCAGGGCCUAGAAAAUUCUCCUACCUUGAGUUAGCUCGUUCAACUGCCGGAUUUGCGGAGGAAGGGAAGCUUGGACAAGGAGGUUUUGGAGGGGUUUACAAAGGAUUUUUGGAAGAUCAAAACACAUAUGUUGCAGUCAAAAGGGUGUCAAAGACUUCCAGACAAGGAAUCAAGGAAUAUGCGUCGGAAGUAAGGGUCAUUAGCCGAUUGAGGCAUAGAAAUUUGGUGCAACUCAUCGGAUGGUGCCACGAGAAAGGAGAACUCCUGCUUGUUUAUGAGUAUAUGGAAAAUGGAAGCUUAGAUUUUCAUCUUUUCAAGGAAAAAAGUUUGUUGACGUGGAGCACAAGGUACAAAAUUGCCAUUGGUUUGGCUUCUGCUUUAUUCUAUCUGCAUGAAGAAUGGGAGCAAUGUGUUUUGCAUAGAGAUAUCAAAUCCAGUAAUGUGAUGUUGGACUCAAACUUCAAUGUGAAGCUAGGUGAUUUUGGUUUAGCUAAGUUGGUUGACCAUGAGAAAGGCUCUCAGACAACAACGAGAUUGGCUGGAACCUUUGGUUACAUGGCUCCAGAAUAUCUGCUCACUGGCAAGGCAAGCAAAGAAUCAGAUGUGUUUAGCUUUGGGGUUGUGGCAUUAGAAAUAGCAUGUGGAAGAAAGCCUAUUGUGGACGAGGCUCAAGAUAAUCAAAUACGAUUAAUAGACUGGGUUUGGGAUCUCUUUGGGAGUGGGAUACUUUUAGAAGCAGUUGAUUCGAGACUCAAGUUAGCUUUUGAGGAAGAACAAAUCAAGCGCUUGAUGAUUGUUGGAUUAUGGUGUGUGCACCCAGACUCAGGACUUCGCCCAACGAUGAGACACACAAUUCAGGUACUGAAAUAUGAAGCCCCCUUGCCCGUACUCCCUUCAAAGAUGCCAGUGGCGUCUUACGUGACACUUCCGAAGGUCUCUAAUUCAGAUUUAUCAAGACCAUCGACAUCAGCGACUUACCUGACACCUCCGAGUGUCUCUAAUGCAGAUUUCUGAAGGCCAUCAACUUCAGCGUCUUACCUGACACCUUCGAAUGUGAAUUUCUCAAGGUCGUCAACAUUUACAAAUUCAUCUAUAGUAGUUGUGUUAUAGGUAAGCAACACAAGUAUAUUGUAGUGCUGCU